AUCCAUGUUGAGUAACUUUUUCACUUGGUCUACACAGAUCACAAGGUUUUAGAUUAGAUUACUUACAGUGUGGAAACAGGCCCUUCAGCCCAACAAGUCCACACCGACCCGCCGAAGCGCAACCCACCCAUACCCCUACAUUUACCCCUUACCUAACACUACGGACAAUUUAGCAUGGCCAAUUCACCUGACCCGCACAUCUUUGGACUGUGGGAGGAAACCGGAGCACCCGGAGGAAACUCACGCAGACACGGGGAGAACGUGCAAACUCCACACAGUCAGUCGCCUGAGUCGGGAAUUGAACCCGGGUCUCAGGCGCUGUGAGGCAGCAGUGCUAACCAUUGUGCCACUGUGCCACCCACCAGAAUGGCAGCCAAUCAAAGAACAUUUACAGAUGUACAGAGAACUGUUCUCUCUGCUCAUAAGGAGUCCACGACUGAAGAUAAGAUGUCCUUUUAUGACAGUUGGUCUGAACUCUAUGAACAGGAUAUGAUAAUUCUGGAUUAUCGUGCUCCUGUCAUGGUCGCAGAAAGUCUAGCAGCAGUAAUUCAUGAAGAUCGCGAUAAGGCAUUGGUCUUGGAUGUUGCCUGCGGAACUGGGCUUGUUGCUAAACAGUUGCAAAGAUUUGGUUUUCGUAACUUUCAUGGCAUGGAUGGUAGUCAAGAAAUGUUGGAAUUAGCACGGUCCAAAUCAAUAUACCAAACACUUCAGAAAUGUGUGCUGGAUUCUGAGUUGCUACCAGCAUCUUCAGACAGUUAUGAUGUUGUUGUGAUUGUUGGGGCAUUAAGUGGAGGGCAGGUGCCAUUUGCUAUCCUUCCUGAACUCCAUCGUGUUACCAAACCAGGGGGCUUUGUGUGCAUGACUACCCGAAGCAAUACCUCAAAUCAACUCUACAAAAAACAGCUCCAGGCUGUCAUAGAGCAAAUGGAACAAAAUGGAUUGUGGGAAAGAAUUACAGUGCAAGAAAUAGAACAUUGGGAAAAAGCAAUAGCUGAAUGUGAAGCUGAACAAGGUUCUACAUACAUCUCUGGGACUAUCUAUUUGUACCGAAAAUCAAGGAAUUAGGAUUAAAUUUCUACCUGAGAAUAAUUAAACCAAAUCUUCAUUGAGGCUCUGUCGCUUCAGCAUGGAAUUUAAUUCAUUCUGACCAGUCAGAUGUUUGUA